ACUAUAGCCAUGACGAAAACAUAACUUCCGGUUACGGAUACGCGGAAAAUUCUUCGUUGCGUGUUGUCUGCUAGCGAGCUGUCAAGUUACGACAAAAUCUGAUUGCAGGUUGAAUUUUCACUUUUUCGAAUCACGAUGUAUGAUGCUGAAGCUGACCCCGUUGUGGACAAUGGUUUCCAGGAAUACAACAGCUUCAGUGAGAAGAGUAUCCGACUGGGAUUUAUCCGCAAGGUAUAUGGGAUUCUCACCUGUCAGAUAGCAGUCACCAUUGCCAUUAUGUCACUAUUCCUAUAUGUUUAUGAGGUCCGGGAAUACUCCAAGAACAAUCCAUGGAUGUGGUUCCUGGCACUGGCCAUCACUUUCAUUGCUCUCAUCGUCCUGGCCUGCUGUCCAAAUGUCCGGCGUCAGAGUCCAACCAACAUGAUUCUGCUUGCAGUAUUUACUGUUUGUGAAGGAUUCCUGCUUGGGACAGUGGCCAGCCACUAUGACCAAGAUGCUGUCCUUAUGGCUGUAGGAGUCACUGCCGUUGUGACUGUGUCCCUGACCAUAUUCGCUUUCCAAACUAAGUGGGAUUUCACAAUGAUGGGCGGCAUGCUAUUUGUGUUCCUCAUCGUGCUGUUCUGCUUCGGUCUUCUGUGUGCGAUCAUCAGAAGCAAGUAUGUUACCCUGGUGUAUGCCUGCCUUGGAGCUCUGCUGUUCUGUGCUUACCUGGUUUUCGACACUCAGCUGAUGCUAGGGGGAAAACACAAGUACUCUUUAUCACCAGAGGAGUACAUCUUUGCCUCCCUUAACCUCUACCUGGACAUUGUCAACAUGUUCCUCUACAUCCUUGCCAUCAUCGGCAUCGCCAAAGACUGAUAGCAACAAUAUCAGCAUGAACACAAACUGGGUUGGCAACAUCGGCCUUGAGGUUCUACGGCAACCUGACCAUGCUGUCCUGAAGAUGGGAGAUGCAUCAUCUCUGUUGAUUGCUAAAGACACCUUUAAGUUCAGUGCAGACAUUACGUGUCAAAAUAUGUUAGCUUGAUAAUCAUUUUUAUUUUUAUUUGGGUUACUUUUCCUUUCUCUUUUACUUGUAAUUUUUCAGUUGUUUCUAUAUUUUUGUGAUUGAUUUUAUCAACGACUGGAAAAUAGUGCUACAAAGGGUCAUGAUUUAUUUAUUAAAAAAAUAUCCAUGGGCAGACUAAGAUUAUGGACUCUUCUUAGACAAAUAUGUUGCACACAUUAAUAAUUGUUUUGUUUGAAAUGUUUUUAGGUUUUUGUUGGCUCCACAUAGAAACGUUUGAUUUAAUAUGAUCAUUAGAGACAGAUUGCCCUGUUAUCUAAGGCAAUUCGCUCUGCCCUUGUACUUGCCAGACACCUUUGAUUUUGAUCUGAAUCCUGCUUUGCCCCAAUUAUGCUUCUAGGUUUGUCAGCGCCAUAGCAGUGCUCUUGGAUUUGCCAGAGUGGUAAAUGACUGGAACCUACAUCACUUCUGGCUUUCCUCCCACAUGCCGGGAUAUAUCUGAAUGCUGUUUUGAGUUCAAUCACAAAUUUGUUUACCUGAAGAACAAGAGCUAUACUAUAGUGAUGUACCAAGGCUAGCUUGCUUUGAUUUUGAGUUAGGCCAAAAGUUAUCUUCAGUUAUUUAGUCUUGGGUUAAGACUACUGGUAUCCUGCAUGGUAAGUGAGGCAGCAUAGGAGGCCCAGUGGUGUGGGGUGGCACAAACUGUGUACAGUUGGGUCCCUAGUUAUGAGGAUCUGCUGCAUCUGGGUUUAGAGGUUCUUAGUCACCCUUAUUGCCAUUAUGUAGGAUAUCACCAGCAUGCUGGAUAUCAGCCCCAUGUAGGAUAUCGCCAGCAUGUUAGAUAUUACCAGCAUGCUGGAUAUCAGCCCCUUGUAGGAUAUCACCAGCAUGCUGGAUAUCAGCCCCUUGUAGGAUAUCACCAGCAUGUUAGAUAUUACCAGCAGGCAGGAUAAUCAGCCCCCAUGUAGGAUAUCACAGCAUGUUAGAUAUUACCAGCAGGGAGGAUAAUCAGCCCCCAUGUAGGAUAUCACCAGCAUGUUAGAUAUUACCAGCAGGGAGGAUAAUCAGCCCCCAUGUAGGAUAUCACCAGCAUGUUAGAUAUUACCAGCAGGUAGGAUAAUCAGCCCCCAUGUAGGAUAUCACCAGCAUGUUAGAUAUUACCAGCAGGGAGGAUAAUCAGCCCCCAUGUAGGAUAUCACCAGCAUGUUAGAUAUUACCAGCAGGUAGGAUAAUCAGCCCCCAUGUAGGAUAUCACCAGCAGGUAGGAGUUCCUGAAGCUGGUGCCCUGUCAUUCUCAUCAGAAUCAACUUGACAGGCAUGAUACAUUUGAAAUGCUGUUAAAACUCUCAAUCAAAUGUAAAUUAUUAAAUUGGAAUCCUGUCAUUGUUUAUGCAUUUAAAUCAUGCAUUUCUGUAUGAUGGCAUAUGAAUAUAUGCAUCAUAUGAUGAUAUUAUAUUAUGCUAAUACAUGUUCACAGAUGGAUCAUGGCAUUCUUGUUAUUGUACCCUGUAAGCACACCUCCAGCAUUUAGACAAGAAACUGACCACCAUAGUACACAGUAGACGUGAGUCGCUUCCAGGACGGAGUAGACUCUGUAGCAUGACUUUAGGCCACCUCGAAUGCACUGUCAGUGUAUGUCAUAGCCUAUAGUCAUCGAUGUGUUGUGACUUCGCACUCUGUGUCACUGAUUUAAGCAUGACCCUGUGUAAUACAUAUCAAGACAUCCUAACAAGACUCUGUUCAGCUGAAAUAUAUUUCAGUCAUUAUCACUGAAAGAUAACUCAAAGCAGAUUUCUAUUAACGUGGCAUGGUGUGCCAAGAAAGUGCUUAUUUGGUAUUCAAAAUCCCACUUUUUGUUUCAAAACAUUUGGAGGAUGUACUUUUAAUCAGGGUCAUUUGAAUCUCUCAGGAGGGUUGUGUAAUGUCUUUGAUACUGAUUAACCUACAUUGAACUUGCUUACUUUCUGUUUAAUUUCAUUCAUUUGAAUUUAUAUAACCAUUGUUUAAAUAUCAUAUAUAUUUACAAAUAUUUUUCAUCAUAAGUUGACUUACAAGGUGUUACCUUGCACUGCUGCAUUCCAUGUUUUGCUUCAGUAUGUGUGAUCAUGAACUUGGGGAGGGAUGUUGUUGACAGACAGGUGGCCCAGGUCACUGCAGGUGGACGUGCAGAGUUGUGUCCCCUGGGCACACCUGUCACCCAAGAUCGUGGGCUCAAAUGCUUGUUUGCCUAUAUUGUGUUUCUGUGUUUGCCAGCAUCAUACCUGUCCUCUUGGGUUUUUCAAAGUUGAAAUGCCUAAGACUUCCAUGUUUCCUCCCACCUAAUGCUGGAAUACUGCUCAAAUGGGCAUCAAACUAAACUCACUGUCGUGAAUGAGAGUGUCACUGCAGGUCUCACACACACGUCCACCAUACCUAGUGCUUGUCUGCCUUGGGAAUAUCAAGUCAAGGACAGAUUUAUUAAUCAAUCUUAUUUAUAAAUCUAACUAAUUAAUCUAGACUCAACCCUGCCUUAUGAAUCAUUAUGGUAAGUGAUGUCAAACGUUUAUUCGUAAAUUUGGAAAAAGGACCACUUCACUGAGAGUGGUAUGGUCCAGAUUGACCAGGUUGCACUGUGUAUGGUGAAUGUGUUUGAGGUGCAGAUAUAAGAGGGUAGAUAAUAUGGACAAAAGCUCUAUUGGAUGAUAUAUUGGUAAUUUUACCUUGUUUCUUGUAAUUUUUAAGAUGUAUGGAAUGCUUAUCCUUGACCAAUUGUAUGUCAACUUUUCUUUGUUGUGUUAUGCAUGUGGCUGAUUCCCUAGCAUGAAUUCCCUGGCGUGACAUGGCUGCAGUGUUGCUUGCCCUGGUAAUCAGGGAAAUUCUAGCUCACCCACCACCUUCCGGCCAUUGUAUCAGUGGAAUCAUGUACGUAUUCUCUGUAGCUGCUUUUGAGUCUCAUUUUGCUUGUCGAUAAAAACAUGAUUAAUCUAGGCUUUAAUUGUUAAUAUAUAUCAAAGUGUAUGUCCAGAUAUUAACGUGUAAUGUUCAUAAUGUGUAUAUUGCACGGGGCAAUGUUUUUCUUUCACAAUUUAUGUUAGGUCCUAGCAAAUUGUUUACUUGCUUGUUGUCAUUCAUUGUAGCCUUGCCUUGCCUCUACUGACGCAGGGGUAUUGUUUUGCAGAGAUAGCAGCCAUUUUAACAGACUUUUAGCAACUUUUUGUGACCUGAACAUCUUUAUUUAUUUUGAAUGGUGCAAUUUUUUGGGUACCCUUUUAUCAUUGUAAUAUAUCACUCUUAUCAUGAAUGUGAGAAGUGUCAGAUCACAUUGGUAGUGGUAGUUGAAAAUAUUCCCUUGGUCUUGUCUUAAGGAUUUGGUGUCAGUUUAUCAUCUUGAUAGUAAUGUCCUGACUAUUGGUGUGUUACGUGGCUGUGCUCACAACAGUUGACAUUGGUUUGGUGUUGGCUCAGUAGACCAGGUGCUGCAAUACUCUACAGAAUUCCAUCCCUUUGCAGUGUCAGGAUCAAAACGUUUGGGUCCAAACUUCAAGAUGUAUUGUCUAUUAUCUGUCUCGUUAGUACUUGAUGACUUUACUACAAGCCUACAGUUUUCUUCCUCAUCAACUGACACAUUGAGCUAUUACUGAAUCUUGUUGAACACAGCACAAAACCAAAAUCAUUCACUCCAAACAAAGGAUAUCAGGCCUUUGAAUGAGCCUUUAUAUUUUGAAUGCCCAGGCAAUCCAAGUGCUACGACUGUUGUAAGUUUAUACUUUAACAUUAUGGUUAGUCAAAGCGAAACAAUCGCUUACGAAAGGAAGCCCUGAACUUGAAGCCAUUCCACUGAAACAUGACCAGAGUUACCUACCCUGGCAGGGAAGAAGUGUCUGAACCUCAAGACCUCUUCAGCCAUGUCAAGAAGACAGAUGUCUGAACCUCAAGACCUCUUCAGCCAUGUCAAGAAGACAUACAAUAGUCAUUUCAUGUGACACUGGACACCUCAAUGUGAGAUCAUAGAUGAUUGGUAUUGUUUAGAAUGAUGUCGGUCACUUCUUGUGUAAUGUUGCAUUCUUGGUAAUUGCAGACAUGGGAUAAUUCAGUAUUAAUUUGUGGAUUUUGUUCUUUGUGUAUUAAGUUUUUUUCUGAGAUCUGUUGAAAUUGAGAUUUAUGAUCUGUUGGAAUGCUAUUGAGAUGACCACUUUUCUUUCAAAAAACAACAGCAGAAAACACUGGCAUUGGAGGCCUAUAUGGACCACAGUUACUUGGGUGCUCAAACAAGUGAAGUUGUGAGCUUAGAGUUGAAAUGUGGGAAAGACUUCUCAGUGAUACACAUGGCUACAAUAGAAAUAGAGUUUAAUGAUGAUUUAAAAACUUUGGACUACAGUACUUAACCAAAUGUGAAUCUCUUUAUGAGGAGUUGCCAAAGAUUGAGACAAGGCUUCUUGUUGAGGCCACGCAAGUGACCUGUGAGUCUGAUAGGUAGUAAAGUAAUUAAAUCCCUUCUUGCUGCCUCCCCAGCAGUCAAACCUGGUGAUUGUUUCUGUGAUUAUAUCAUUAAACAGAUUUAGAUCUGAUGUCAGUUAAUGAGAAUCUUCCACUCUGAAGCUGUAUUCGGGAACCUUGUUGGUACUUCAGUGAUGUAACAGUGACAUAUUCUAUCUGUUGUUACUGUGGAUGAUGAUGUGUUUAUUGUAUGAAUGUGUACACUUGUUAUGAAACUUAAUAAAAUCUAUGUGUAUCAAA